GCAGGUUCGUUCGUCGCCACUGCAUCGAUUCGUCACGGGUAGCCUCCGAGGCACCACCCCCGCCAGAGUCUUCCUCUCCUAUAGUCUCGGGAGAUAAUCCCCGGCUUCCUCCGGGAGGAAGCGCGCGAGUUUCCGCACCGGCUCUACCUGCCGAUUGUUGAUUCGUACGUGCCGGCACGGCUCCGGAAGAGCGGCAGCGCGAGUGACGUUUAUUCGUGUGUACAUGUACCACCCAACGGAUACGCAGUGCCAUCGUGGACUCGCUCGUUGAGACAUUUUUUUUUUCCAGCUGGGCGCUCUUUGGGCACAACUUUGUCGCACUACGACGCGCACGAAAAAUCGGAAGAGUUGCGUUUCCGGGCGUCUGAAAUAAUACACAGGCUCCGGUGGAAGUCUCGGCUGAGCCGCACACCUGCGCAGACCCCGGCCGGAAGGCUCGUCCCUCGACAAAAUGUCCAUCGUCAUGCACUACGUGGAUCGGUUACACGAGAUGCUCGACAGACACGCAGACAAGCGAACGACAGACUGGCUGCUGAUGAGCUCGCCCUUUCCAACGCUCUUUAUCUGUCUGAGCUACGUGUACGGCGUCAAGGUCCUCGGGCCCAGGCUCAUGGAGAACAGGAAACCCUUUCAGUUCAAGAACGUUCUCAUAGUCUACAAUUCACUCCAAGUCCUCUUUUCGGCGUGGCUUUUUCACGAGAUAGGAAUGUCCGGAUGGCUGACGGGGGAAUACUCUUUGAGGUGUCAACCUGUAGACUACAGCGAUCGGCCCCAAGUAUUACGGAUGGUUCGCGUGAGCUGGUGGUACUACUUCUCUAAAUUCACGGAGUUCAUGGAUACGAUAUUCUUCGUGCUGCGAAAAAAGAACGAUCACGUGUCCACGCUUCACGUCAUUCAUCACGGCUGUAUGCCGAUGUCCGUCUGGUUCGGCGUCAAGUUCACACCCGGCGGCCACUCGACCUUCUUCGGGCUACUCAACACCUUCGUCCACGUGGUCAUGUACACGUAUUACCUGUUGUCUGCCUUUGGACCGAAAGUCCAGCCGUACCUCUGGUGGAAAAAGUACCUGACGGCCUUCCAGAUGACCCAGUUCAUCGCCAUCAUGAUCCACGCCUUCCAGCUCCUCUUCAUCGAUUGCAAUUACCCGAAGGCCUUCGUCUGGUGGAUCGGCAUGCACGCCGUCAUGUUCUUCUUCCUCUUCAACGAGUUCUACCAGCAGAGCUACGCGCAAAAAACCAAGAGGGCGUCUGCUUUGGCAGCCAAAGUGGCAGCGGAAAAGGCAGCCCUCGCGGCCAAGGCGGCGGCCGCGUCCAGCUGCAGCAACGGCGUCUUGGCCAACGGAAAGGUGGUGAACGGCAGCACCGAGGCAGUGCCGAACGGAUGCGUGAAGCGGCGCGAGGCUGCCGACUACUACGUCAAGGGUGAGAGCAUCGCCGCGUCCGAGCUCCACCUGAGGAAGGCCGCGGCCGUGGCGGCGGUGGCGGCGAGCGACUAAUGAACGGACACUCCGUCAUGAGCGAGACUCGGCGUUUGAAAGACCUGGAAAAUCAUAUGAUUAUUAUUAUUAUCAUUAUUAUUAUCACUAUACGUGCAAUCGAGAAGUUAUAUUUUUUAAAAACGGGAGGCAUUGGGUGACGCAGUUGUGCUGGGUCACCGGUAUCUCCGCAAGUGCGGCGAGGCGCGCUCUUCGUUUUUCUUUUUACCUUUUUUUUUUUUUUUUUUUUUUCUUUUCCUCGAAGGGAAUACUGGGCCCUUUGGGUCGAAAGAGGGACGAGGAGGGUGCACGCGAGUGUCCUCUGCUGGCGAAACGGUGGGGUGGAGGGAUGAAACGUUGAUGCGUGCGUACACACAUAAUAAAAAUCUAUGGAGGACAGUGCAAAAAAUAAUAGGUAGUGCGAAUGGGACGAAGAUCAGGUCUACAUAUAUAGUUGUUUGUGCCGUGCCUUUUUUGUUGCGAAUUGCCGACCUUCUCGCGGUGUUCGUUGUGACAACGUGUUCCGUUUGGAGGCUGGUCCGCCGAUUUCCUCGAAGACUCGGGACGACCGGCAAUGUUAUUGAUGCAUCGAUUGUUUUAUAAAUAGAUUAAUUUUGUUGUUGAUCACAAGGAUAUGCAAUGGAUCGUUGUUUGCACGGUUGAAAUUUGAAGCUUUUUUUUUUCUUUCUUUCCUUUUCGGUCGACAGCGAUUGCGUCAAUAUUUUCCCCUAUGGUCGUAGGUUACGAAAAAAAAAAAAAAGCUUUUUACAAACUUGUGAUAAGCACGAAAGCACAAAGGAAUCGGCGAAAUUUUUAGAAAAAGAUUUGUUGACGAAAAUCAUGGUGUAAAUAUAACGAGGCGAGCAUCUGUUUAUUCUCGAAAGCUGUGUAAAAGUGAGCAUUAUCGUAUAGCACCAUUGUGUAAAAUAAUAGACUUUUUUCAAUUUCAACGCACACUAUGAAUUUUUAUUAACUGCAUCAGCAGAUUGAGGUGGUUGUAGUUAGCAAAAGGAAUAUAGUAAUUUUCGCAUGAAAAAAGGCUCUCUUCUACAUCUUCUUAUUCGGACGAAUAAACUCGAUACUUACUGCAGUCAAACGUAGAUUGUAUAAAUUUUUCUAAAAACAAAUAAUUACAGCAUAAAAAUCAAAAAUUUUAAAG